CCUUCAGUAUAAUUCGCUCUCGUUCAGUUGCCUCACCACCGGGUGUCAAUGAAAUUGUAGUGUAAGUUAUUACUGAUUAGCAAUACAUACACUGUACACUGGAUAAGGUGUUUUUAAGAAUUGGCCAUUUGAAUUUGUGAAAAGUUGCAAACGACCUUGCUCUUUUCGCUGAAAAUAUCCGACUACGUCAUCAGGAACAUUCAUUGAAAUGCUGACAUGAGGAUAAAUUGCUCCAUCGCUAAUAAUGAUAAUAAAGUACAAGACUUGAACAUUUAACUCAUAAAAAUCAUCAAUAAAAAGCAAAAAUCAUCCAUUGGAAAACGAGUAAGCUAUGAACCUAUGUAAUGGUAAAUCCGCAGAGCCCGGAGCUGAGCAACAUUGAUGCUGAUCGUGUCUGGGAAAGGAACAACAAUGCGAAAAAUCAAAUAGAUAAGUUAAGCUACACUAACCCAAUAACGAAAAAUAGUGAUUGUGAAAUUAGCAAAAUCAGUGACACUGCCACCAGUCAAUCACCCAUAGUCUCCUAUAAAGACGAUGGUAGCCAUGGUGUACCAUCUGCGCAGUGUAGUGACGUAGAAAAUGACGUUGAUUCUGUACAAAUUGAUGAUUGCGAGGAGUUGGGCGGAUGGAUGACGAAUUUACCAGUAUCAAGUGUUGAACAUGAAACAAGUAAUGGACAAGUAUUGCCGAGUCUCGAUAAAACUACGUUCGGUCAAGUUUGUAUUAGUAGCUCCAAUCAUGUGAGAGUGGGUAAUACAACGCUCUACAAGGGGCCCGUUACAAUAAAGCAAUUUGUUUAUGCCAACUCCGCAUCACCGGAAAGUGGUGAAUUGAGAAAUGGCAAACGCUUGUCUGAUGUUAAUUGUAAUGAAGGGAGCAAUGUCACCAAUAGUACAACUCCAAUAUUUCCACCGAGUCGCGAAUACGAUAAAGAUCGAAAAUUUACUUGGUCUGGGGUGAGGAUACUGAAAGCAUAAUGUCGUUGGAUGUUCUAAAAUCUUGUGUGAUAAAAUGGUUGUGGACGUGGAGAUGUGCUGCCCUUCUAAGUGUCUUGGCACUCAUUCUUGUGACAGUUAUCGUUGUAGUAUCUGUAAU